AUAGAGUAAUAACGAGCUAACUAAACUUUAUUAUUAUCAAGAAAUUAAAUUCUGAUCUGCAAACAACAUACAUACGAGAGAAGAAAAUACUUAUUUAGAUUUGCUAUAUUUAAGACGAAUGAGAGAAAGAAAAGGAGUAACAUGGCAUUCCUAAAAAUAUUAAGUUGUAGUCUAAUAUUCGUUGUUGCAGCGGCUUCUUUUGUUGAACAAUUGAAUGUAUUAUCGAAUUAUAACGUCCACUUUGUACUACAUGUCAAUACUAGUAUGUUCCAUGGCAGAUACAAUGUUAGCAUUCAUAUUCCUCAUGAAACACAAGAUAUAUAUUUUUAUACGGAAUAUCUGUCGAUAACUAGAGUUAUUGUAACAAACAAUACACAAAUAUCUAAAGAAAAUGAAGAAAAAGUUUUUGCUCAUAGACCGAAGAAAUUUGUUUAUGACACGGAAACGUAUACAACUACCAUUUCUUUUCCGUAUAAUUUAUCAUCAGGAAAUUACACUCUGAAUAUGAAAUUUUCCGGUAUUUUAAUUGAAGAUGGAGCAUUUAUAAUUUACAUAAAUGAACAAAGUGAUAGAAUGUGGUUGGCCGCAACGCACACAUUUGCGACUCGAAGAUUACUUCCACUUUUCAAAGAUACUCGAUAUGCUGGUUAUAAUAUUUCUAUAAGGCAUCAUAAAAAUUACACGGCUUUAUCAAAUAUGCCCGUUCAAGAAAUAAAUAUGGAUGAAAAUAAUAUGCAAUGGACACGCUUCAAAUCUACUCCUGUAAUGCCCGUUUAUUUCAUAGCGGCUAGUCUAGUUCAUCUCGUUUUUAUUUCAGAAAUAAAUCAGACUGCUAAAUUGUUGUGUAGAACAGGCAUGGUACCACAUAUGCAAUUUGCAAAGACAGUUGCUGAAAAUAUUGCAUAUUUCUUAGAUAAAGAGUUUCCGUAUAUCAGAAAAAGUCCGGAAACAAAUCAUAUUGUGAUUCCGAAAGUAACAGAUGAAGAAGAUAUAAAAUUCGGAUUUGUUCUUUAUGGAGAAGAAGAUGUUAUCUUUAAUGAAGAAACAAAUUCCGAGAUGCGCAAAAUUGAAAUAACGCGAAUAGUAGGAUAUAAGAUGGUGCACGAAUGGUUUUAUAAUGCAAUCGAUCCAUAUAAGUGGGAACCCUCAUUUAGCAAAGGUUUUGCUACGUUUUUUGGAAUUUACGCCGCCAAUAAGACAUUUCCGCAACUUCGAAUACAAGAUUUCUUUGUGGUUCAAAUGCAACAUGAUGUUCUUCAUUGGGGGACCAAGGAUACGUGGCCGCUCACAAUCGAAUCAGGAUUCAAUAGCUCUUUUGAAAUUCCUCGUUACAUCAAGGUCAGCAUUAUGUUCCGCUCGUUCCAAAUUAUAUUUACCGAAGAUUUGUUUUUGAGUGGUGUGACGAGGUAUUUACGAGAAUUUUACAAAAGCAGUAGGUUUUUCUUGAACUUAUUGCAAACGAUCAUGGAUACAUCACUUUUGGAAAAAAAAUACAAUUUAGAGGACAGAAUAGUUAAUUGGAUACAACUAAAUCAUUAUCCUGUGAUAAAUGUAAACAGAAAUUAUAAUAAUGGCAACUUGAAUAUAUCGGUAGAAAAUUUUAAUACGGAUAUAUGGAUAUUUAUGAAUAUUACUACACAGACGCAUUCCGAUUCGAAGAAAUUAUUGCCUGAAGUGUGGUUAGCAUCAAAUAUUUCGUACCAUAUAUUACAUAUAGAUUUCAUAGACAAGAAUGAUUGGGUAUUGGCCAAUUUACAACAAAGUGGAUGCUAUCGCGUCAAUUAUGAUGCCGAGAAUUGGAAUAGACUUUCGAAAUAUCUGAACUCCAACUCCUUUGGAAAAAUACAUGUUCUCGAUCGUGCUAAAAUCAUCGACGACACAUUUCAUUUCCUGAUGACAGGCCAAUUAAAUUUUACUGUAUUCUUGGAUAUUUCACAUUACUUAUGGCAAGAUACAGAUUAUAUCGCAUGGUAUCCUAUGUUCAAAAACUUGGAAUAUAUGUCGGGUUUCUUUGCGUUUCCAGAAAGCGCACCUAUAAAGACACAAAUAAUGCAACCAUUGAGUGAGAUUUUAUGGGAAAUAAACUAUCCCGAUUUUAAAUCAAAUAGAAGCAUGCAGGAGAGCUUUUUCACUAAAUCUUUGAGAGAAGAGGCUUCAAGAUGGUUAUGCACUUUAAGUCAUGAUUAUUGCCUUUCAGUAGCCAAUCAUGGAUUAAUAUCAUAUUUUAUAAGUUGUACAAAAACUUUACCAUACAAAAUUUGGAUGGGAUGGAAAGAAUGGACAUUCUGCAAUGGUUUGAAGGAAGCGAGUGACGAUACUUGGGUACAAGUGUUUAACAUAUAUUUGAAAGAAUCAAAUUAUAAUGCUUUAAAAUUUUUAGCUUGCUCCAAAAAUUCUUCAAUUAUUAUCCAAUAUAUAAAUGUAAUGACUUUGGGCUCUGUUCUGGGAAAAGUAAUCACCGAUUUUGAACAUAUAAACAGUUUUUAUUUUAUUGUUGCAAGGCAUGCAAAGAAUAAGGAAGUAUUUGAUUUCAUACUAUACAAUCUGGAGAGAAUAAAACCUAAAGGACUCAAAUUUAUUACAGCAUUAACUGUAAUCAUUAAUUUUGUAUAUUAUAAGCAACAUAUUGAUAAGAAUCGCCAAUUAUUGGACAUUGGAUAG